CCCGGAUUGAAGCGCCGCCAUUUUUGCUGCCCGGGCGCGGAGCGAGAGGCUGAGAGUUGGAGACGCUAUCCGCUUCCAUCCGUCGCGCAGACCCUGCCGGAGCCGCUGCCGCUAUGGAUGAUCGGGAGGAUCUGGUGUACCAGGCGAAGCUGGCCGAGCAGGCUGAGCGAUACGACGAAAUGGUGGAAUCAAUGAAGAAAGUAGCAGGGAUGGAUGUGGAGUUGACAGUUGAAGAAAGAAACCUCCUAUCUGUUGCAUAUAAAAAUGUGAUUGGAGCUAGAAGAGCUUCCUGGAGAAUAAUCAGCAGCAUUGAACAGAAAGAAGAAAACAAGGGAGGAGAAGACAAACUAAAAAUGAUUCGGGAAUAUCGGCAAAUGGUUGAGACUGAGCUAAAGUUAAUCUGUUGUGACAUUCUGGAUGUACUGGACAAACACCUCAUUCCAGCAGCUAACACUGGCGAGUCCAAGGUUUUCUAUUAUAAAAUGAAAGGGGACUACCACAGGUAUCUGGCUGAAUUUGCCACAGGAAAUGACAGGAAGGAAGCUGCGGAGAACAGCCUAGUGGCUUAUAAAGCUGCUAGUGAUAUUGCAAUGACAGAACUUCCACCAACACAUCCCAUUCGCUUAGGUCUUGCUCUCAAUUUCUCCGUAUUCUACUAUGAAAUUCUUAAUUCCCCUGACCGUGCCUGCAGGUUGGCAAAAGCAGCUUUUGAUGAUGCAAUUGCAGAACUGGAUACGCUGAGUGAAGAAAGCUAUAAGGACUCUACGCUUAUCAUGCAGUUGUUACGUGAUAAUCUGACACUAUGGACUUCAGACAUGCAGGGUGAUGGUGAAGAGCAGAAUAAAGAAGCGCUGCAGGAUGUGGAAGAUGAAAAUCAGUGAGACAUAAAAGCCAACAAGAGAAACCAUCUCUGACCACCCCACACCUUCCCAUCCCACCCCUCUUGGAAAUUCCCCCAUUGUCACUGAGAACCACCAAAUCUGACUUUUACAUUUGGUCUCAGAAUUUAGGUUCCUGCCCUGUUGGUUUUUGUUUUUUUUUUUUUUUUAAAAACAGUCUUCAAAAGUUCUUAAAGGCAAGAGUGAAUUUCUGUGGAUUUUACUGGUUCCAGCUUUUAGGUUCUUUAAGACACUAACAGGACUGCAUAGAGGCUUUUUCAGCAUUACUGUAUUGUCUCCUGCCAGAUGUGGCAAGAUCACCAUUAGAAAUGGAAAUUACAUUUGAAAGCCAUUAGACUUUUAGGUGAUGCAAGCAUCUAAGAGAAAGGUUAAUCACACUAUAGAGGUGUAUGUGGUAUCAUUUUCCCUUUUUCUAAUUGUUUAAAUUGAAUUUUAUACCAAUGUUUAAAAUUAAUUGGAUGUUAGCUUGAGGUGGUUAAAGGUUGUUUGGGGAGUUUGUUGUAAUGAUUUUGCUGUAAAAAGUGUUUCAAACUCUGCUGAAAUGUUGCUGAAAAGCAUGGUGCUGGUAACAGUUCAACAAUCCGUGGCUGCUCAUUCUUGCCUACUUUACUCUCCCUCUGAAGCAGGUUAGCAUUGAAGGUGGUAAUGGAAAAGCCUGCAUGCGUGUUCAAUUCUUUGUUUCUUCUCCUUCCCUCUCCCCCUGGGCCCCGUCCCUCCCCUCCUUCGCUCGCUCAACCUCUUUUGUUCAGUAUGUGUAACUUGAAGCUAAUUUGUACUACUGGAUAUCUGACUGGAGCCACAGAUACAGAAUCUGUAUUGUUCUUACUGAAACACAGCAUGGAUUAACAUUAAACUUAAAUAAAACAAACCUAAAUUAAAAAUGCCAAA